AUGUCUGAUUCCAUCGACAGGGUCUUUGUCAAGGCCAUAGCCACCAUCCGGACGCUGUCCACGCGGUCGCCCAAGAGCUCGCUGCCGCGGCCGCCGCUCGCCAACCGCGUCAAGCUAUACGGGCUCUACAAGCAGGCGACCGAGGGGGACGUCACAGGACUCAUGGAAAGACCCAUAGGGUCGCGGCCAGAAGAUGAGGCAGCCAAGCGCAAGUGGGACGCGUGGAAGCUGGAGGAAGGACUCUCCAAAACAGACGCCAAAAAACAGUACAUUUCAUAUCUAAUAGACACCAUGAGAAGCCAUGCCAACGAGUCUGUGGAGGCCCGUGAGCUGCUGAGCGAGCUGGAGUAUCUGUGGGACCAGGUCAAGGACCAGCAGGUGUCGCCGACGCUGGGCGAGUUCCACCACGAAGUCCCGCUGUCCACACGCGCGCAGAGCCCUGCUCUGUCGUUGUACCGUCUCACGUCGUUGGGCUCGCAUGCGAAUCUUGUGCGGCCUGUUUCGCGGCUCUCGAUGGCCAGCACCCCUGCAGCGGAAAAACAGUUUGCGCAGGGCGCUGGCCAGCGGGCCGUCAGCAGCAACGCGACUAUAUCGCAGAUCACAGGGUCCGGGGCCACGACGAGCGGACCAAACAGCCAGGGCAUCAACACAACGACGAAUCUCGAUUUCGUGAGGUGGCAGAGCGACAUCAACGCGACGCUGACUCGUCUCAGCUACGAGAUAUCGAGUCUGAAGACGAUUGGACUAAAUGCCCAGCUACACGAGUCUCCGCCCACCAGAAACGCGCCGAGAAAAGACAAGAAAAAGAGAACGCUUUAUACUCGCAUCAGGGCCCUCGUUGUUGCCCUGCUGGGCAAAAUAUUCAAACUUUUCAGGACAGUGCUGAAACACGCGGCACUAGACUCGGUGGUGGCUCUGGUUUUUCUGGGGCUCUUACGUAAGAUAAGCACGGUGCAAGGGUGGGACACCGGUUUGGGCCAGGCCGUUGGGUCCAAUGCUGAGGCUGUUUUGCACGGUGUGCGAGAGUUCUACCAGAGAAUAUUCAACGGCAAGUGGACUUUUUGGGGCAGCGAGCGCUCGCAGAAUGCGUUGAUACGAGUUUAA